AUGGAGCGUGGGCCGGUGGUGAUAGACGAGCAGUUGAAGAACUUCAUCGUUAAUGAGAUGAACGGUUCAGACAUCAAGUUGGUUAUCCAAAAACACCUGUCGUACAAUGACGUGAGUCAAGAACUGAAUAGGUUAACCAUGCCGAGUGAGAAACUCGUGACACAUGACUUCUUGACAUAUGAUGAAAGCCAAGUUCUCGCUACUAAGAACUAUGACGGCAUUGAGGUUCAACUGGUUGGGCCGACUCUGCAAAUGUACAACCAAAGCAUAAGCUUGAGGCUUUGGAGUAUGAUAACGGCCUCAAAGCAUUACGUCUAUGUGUUCAAAACCAACUGGUACAAGUUUGUGACAGAUAAUGAUGAGUUAAAACCAGGCACAAAGAUACAAGUUUGGUCGUUUCGUAGAAACAAGCAUCAGUUGUGUUUCGCCGUUGUAUGUCCUGAUACAUGA